GCCACUCCUGACCGGCACAACCAUCACCGCCCCCGCCCCGCCGCACCCCAGGCCACACCGCCUGCUCCUGCCUCCCGUCAAAAACGCCACCGCCCCACGCGAAAACCAGCCAAGCCAUCCCCGCGGGCGAACAGCGAAAGGCAUCGUCUCGUGACUCGCUCACUCGUCGCCGCCCCCUCGGCUAGGCUAGCUCAAUGAUAGGGGCCGGCGCCAAUCCGCUCGCGGCGCCGCUGCUCGGCCCGCCGUCCCCCGCCGGCCGCCGCCUCGCGCCCGGCCCGGUCUCGUGCGCCCUCGACCCUUCCCCGGUCCUCGCCCCUGCCGCAGCCGAGGCCCCAGGCCAGUCCGACCGCGCCCCGCCACCACGGGCGCCGGAUGAUGCCGCCUCCUCGUCCUCGUCCUCGUCCCGGGCGCUGAAAGCCAGCUCGCAGCUCAGCCGGUGGUCCCGUGGGCGGGCGCUACGCUCGGGCCGGCGGCUGAGGCUAGUGGACCGCGCGGCGGUCUCCUCGGCGCCGCCGCCGCCGGUGACCAAACCGCCGCCGCAGCCGCAGCAGCCGCCGUCUCUGCUGUACGACGACACUCCUGCGGUGGCGCCGGAGGACGACGACGACGUGUGCGAGGCUGAGAGGGACGCCGCGGCCGGGAAGGCCAUCUACUUGGUGUCGGACGGCACCGGCUGGACGGCCGAGCACUCGGUGAACGCCGCGCUUGGGCAGUUUGAGCACUGCCUCGUCGACAGCGGAUGCUCCGUCAGCACCCACCUCUUCUCCGGGGUAAAUAUCCCGCCCCAAUCGACAACACCCCCCACACUUAUUGAGUUAAUCAAGCAAGCAGCAAAAGAAGGGGCACUGGUUCUGUAUACUCUAGCUGAUCCGUCAAUGGCUGAGACAACUAAGAAGGCCUGUGAUUUCUGGGGUGUUCCAUCCACUGAUGUUCUUCGACCUACUGUUGAAGCCAUUGCUAAUCAUAUUGGUGUUGCUCCUUCUGGGAUUCCACGAAGUUCUCCUAGCCGACAGGGUAAACUAACUGAGGAUUACUUCCGACGAAUUGACGCCAUCGAUUUUACCAUCAAACAAGAUGAUGGAGCUCAGCCACAGAACCUCAACCGUGCAGACAUUGUACUUGUUGGUGUUUCACGUACAGGGAAGACUCCAUUGUCAAUAUACCUAGCACAGAAGGGAUACAAGGUAGCAAAUGUCCCUAUUGUGAUGGGAAUCAAUCUUCCAAAGGCUCUUUUUGAGAUCAAUCAGGACAAGAUUUUUGGAUUGACAAUAAACCCAGUGGUUCUUCAAGCAAUUAGAAAGACAAGGGCCAAAACUCUAGGUUUUGAUGGGCAUAAGAGCAAUUAUGCUGAAAUGGAGCAUGUGAGGCAGGAGUUGGCCCAUGCAAAUCAAAUUUUUGCUCAAAAUCCAGUGUGGCCAGUCAUUGUGGUCACUGGAAAAGCUGUAGAGGAAACAGCUGCUGUGGUUGUAAGGAUUCUCCAUGAUAAGAAACAGAAGUGUUCCAUGCCACGCAUAUCGAAACGGGUGGCUCCAGUUCUAGUCUACGAUUACCUGUCGGUGGUUAACACUCGUGUCGAGUCCCACAAGGUCUUUGCUACGGAGUUUUAAGUCUAUUCUGCCGCAGUGCAGACAUUCCAAAAUUCCAAAAUUUAUCAAAUCCGGCAUUUUGUUGCGUCUAUUACUAGAUUAGUGCCACAUGCAUAGAGAGUGUCACAUUCAUUCAUGAGGGUUCCAAAUUCUCUUAGAUCACCACCUCGUGAUCUAUGUGUGUCAUUCUUUGUUCGUUCAUUCAGUUUAGGUUGACCAAAGAUCUGUACCACUAUUCAGGAAAUGGCAUUCGAGGAGAGACAAUCGGCUAUCGCUGUAAAGAUAUGUACCACAAUUUGUAUGAUUCUGUUUGCAGCACCAGGAACAAAUGAAAAAUACAA